GUUCGAUACAACAUGAACCGGGCUAACCUUGUCUUUCAUAAGACACAUUGACCUAUAAAGCCACACUGGAAUGGAAACAUCUGAUCAAAAUCAGUAAGACCCUGUUUGCACAGAAGCACAAUGAGCUGCUUGGUGUUAAUGCGGUUCCACAUUGUAGAACCCCACAGAGCUCUCUUUCCUCUGUCCUGUUCCCUCACAUGGCGAGCGCUCAGCUCUGUAUCCAUCAGCCGGAUUCUGAGAGAAAGCUACCGACUGCUGCAGCUGCCGGAUGAGGGAGCCAGCGGCCCUGCGGCGGUGAAAGAGGCGUACCUGCGUAUGGCCAAGCUCUACCAUCCAGAUUCCGGCGCUCCCACGGCAGAUGCUGCUUUGUUUUCCCAGAUAGAGGACGCUUAUAGGGCCGUCCUAGCCGACCUGGCUCGGCAGAAUUCAACCUCGCAGUACACUCAACAAAUGCAGGAGGAGGAGGAGGAAGAUAAGGUAAAAGGUCACGCUCCUCAGCACAGACACUACCUUAGCUUUGAGGGGAUGGGCUCAGGCACCCCAAGUCAACGGGAAAGGCAGUACAGGCAGUUUCGCGUAGACCGCGCAACCGACCAGGUGCUGGAGUAUCGACGCAAGGAGAUGGAGAAGGCGGCAGCGGACGAGGGUGCAAUGGUGACCCGGGAUGCACGUUUGCGCAGCAAGCAGAUCAAAAUCACCCAGGCGGUGGAGAGGUUGGUGGAGGACCUCAUCCAGGAGUCAAUGGCCCGUGGAGACUUUCAGAGCCUUAGCGGAGCCGGCAAACCACUCAACAAGUUUGACUAUAAUCCAUACAUGGAUCCCAUGACGCACAACCUCAACAGAAUCCUCAUUGACAAUGGUUACCAGCCCGAGUGGAUCAUCGUACAGAAGGAAAUCAGGGAGACGAUCGAAAAAUUGAGGGCGAAGUUGCAGGAGGUCAGGGCCAGGCUGGGUGAACCCAUGAGGCAUUCAGAAGCCCUCCAGUGGAAGGAGCACUGUGCUGCAUUUGAUGAGGAGCUGGUGAAACUGAACAAAACAGUAGACAAUUAUAACCUGAUUGUGCCUUUAUUGAGCAGACAGAUGGUGCAUUUUAGUCUGAAAAGAGAGGUGGAGAAAAUACAGAAAACAGAUCAGAUGCUGAGACAGGAGAAAGAGAGAGAGAGAGAAAGAAGGCGAAAGGAAGAGAUGAGGACAGCGAGAACGUCUCAGCACAACAGACAAGGACUGAUCACAUGGAUGCAGAAUCUUCUCAAAUGAGAUGCAUUUAAUAAAUCUGUGGCGGUGAAUUCCACAUAAAACUUGAGUUGCAUUUCACCUCAAAUCAUCAGAAGGGCUUAUUUAAAUAUUAAUGUGAUACUGCAGUGUGUUCCAUUGUUUCACUUUGGAUUUUUUUUCACAGUAUUCCCAUUUUUAAAUCUUAUUACUGUAAUGCAGAGUGACACAAUUAUAAAAAAAAGGAAUAAGCAUACAUUUAGGUCAGUACAACUGUGUUACAAUAAUGAUAAAUGCUUUCAUUACAGAACUAAAAAUGAUUUGUCUGUUUACAGAUCUCAAAACUAUUUGUCUGUUUGUGUGUGAGUUGUGCUCAGCUGUCAUGAAAUAUGCAAUAAUAAAAAUGGGAAUGAUACUAGGAA